AUGGCCUACACCACCUCGCCGUCGACGUCGACGGCAGCGGCGGUGGCUUGGGCCUUCGCUGCCGCCACCUGCGUGAAGCUCCUCCUCGUCCCCACCUACCGCUCCACCGACUUCGACGUUCACCGCUACUGGCUCGCCCUCACGCACGCGCUCCCCGCGCGGCAGUGGUACACCGACGCCUCCUCCCAGUGGACGCUCGACUACCCGCCCUUCUUCGCCUACUUCUCCCGCCUCCUCUCACUCCCCGCGCUGCUCGUCGACGCCACCCUCGUCUCAGUCCCCGUGCCCGACGCGCCGCCCUUCGCGCAUCUCCUCUACCUCCGCCUCACUGUCGUUUUCUCCGACUUCCUCCUCCUCUGGUCCGUCCUCUUAUUGGCUAGGGACGCGCGGCGGAAGCAGCGGCCGUUCCUCGCUCUCGCGCUCGUCCUAUGGUCGCCGGCGCUGCUCGCUGUCGAUCACGUCCACUUCCAGUAUAAUGGAUUCCUCAUGGGGCUGCUGCUGCUUUCUCUGCACUUCCUCGAGCAGGGGUGGGAUCUUACCGGGGGAGUUGUGUUCGCAUGCUUGCUGUGCUCGAAGCACCUGUUCCUCGUGGCAGCGCCGGUGUACUUUAUGUAUUUGUUCCGGCAUUAUUGCUGUGGCCGGGGUGUCGUGAAGGGGCUGGGAAGGCUCGCGCUGAUGGGCUCUGGAGUGGCUGUUGUUUUUGCUGCAGCAUUUGCGCCCUUCGUGUACUAUGGUCAGAUGCAACAACUAAUAAACCGAUUGUUUCCAUUUGGACGAGGCCUAUGCCAUGCUUACUGGGCCCCAAACUUUUGGGUAUUCUAUAUUAUACUUGACAAGAUUCUUGCAUUUCUUCUUAGAAGACUAGGCUUUAACAUUGCCAUACCUGAAGCUUCAUUUACUGGGGGGCUCGUUGGUGAUUCAUCUCCUUUUGCUGUUCUUCCGAAGGCCACCCCAAUUGCUACAUUCUUAUUGGUCAUUCUUGCCAUGGCUCCUUGCCUUAUCAAAGCAUUCUCUAAUCCUCAACCAAAGCAUAUUAUUAGAUGGGUCUCAUAUGCAUGCACAUGUGGGUUUAUGUUUGGAUGGCAUGUACAUGAGAAGGCAUCACUUCAUUUCACUAUCCCACUUGCCCUAAUUGCCAUGGAUAGCUUGAGCGAUGCCAGGCAUUACUUUUUGUUGUCCAUAGUUUCAUGCUACUCUCUAUUCCCAUUGCUGUUUGAGAACCAAGAGUACCUGAUAAAGGUGAUGCUGCUGCUGACCUACGUUGCCCUCAUGUGGGUCGUUUUUACGUCUCAUUUUGCUGCAAACUCUGAUCUGGAAGGAAAGAAAGUAAAUCGGUCAGGCAGCACAGUGAAGAAGAAUAUCAUCAUUGGAUGGAUUGGUUUAAGCUACCUCUUGGGAAUUGCAGUUAUAGAGUUAUGGUCUCAAGUACUAGCCGAUUUCUCUUUGCCUGAUAGCAUCUUGGUGCUUCUCGUCUUCUCUGCUCAGCCAACGCCACUCAAUGCAGACUUUACGAUUGCCAUAGCUCAAGGUCGGCUGAUACUGAGAGUUUACGGCAAAGGGGCUCCCAGUUGCGGCCAGCCGGCCAAGUUUAGAAUGACUGGAUUGAAAUUGAAAGGGGGGAACCAAGGACGCCGGGACAGAGCCGAAUUAACAAAAGAAAAACAGUUUAAACUUUACAAUUGA